GAAAAGGCUUACCUCUUAUAUUUGAAUCGGGUGUAUUUGAGGAGAUGGGUGAAGGUUGGGUUUUAAUGUGCUCUAACUCCCACUCUACCUGUCUUCCCGUGCCCUUGAAACAAUACAAAUAUAGAAAAMAUAAAGAAAUAAAAAAGAGAGACUGAGAAUUAGUUGAUGUAAUAUGUGGUACUUUUUUGACAGAUGAUCCAUCCCUCAACAACCUUUGACCUUGGUUAUAUCAGGCUCUUUAGAACACUUGCAUCCACAAGGCAUCAACUGUUGCCACAAAUAUCCCAAUGUCUAAGUGGUGUAGACGGUCUACCUGAGAUCUGGCGGCAAACAGGACGACCCUGUAUACCUAGACUUAUAUGCUCCUUUAAACAAAUUGUUCCAUUUUCUGCAUUGGACCCAACUGCAACAACUACAUCACACAAAGACACAUAUGCAAGUAGAGCUAAAGUAAAAACUCAGGUCAAUAACUCUCAGAGGAAUCUCCAGAAUGCUUUACAAGAUCAGAUCUACCAUCUGAUGAGGAAAGCAAGACUUUUAGGCAGCUUGAGUUCUAGCUCAUUGUUUACUGUGAGUUCUGGUCACUCAUUUGUACAUGUGGAACCAAGUUCAUCUACCUUCGAUCCUGUAAGCAUCAUGUUAAACAAGCUUGCUAUGCCAGCCAUAAAGUCACAAUGGGGUGAGGAUGACGGUAGAGAUAGGRUCGCUGAGGGACGAAGGGGGACUCAUGUAGAGGUACCCAAAUGUCGUCAAUGGGCUCAAGUGUGUCUGUCAUUAUAUGAGUUUUAUAUGGGAACAGCUACCGAUGUAUUACCACCAUUCAAGACCAUGGCCUCUCAGCUUGACCUCGACAUGAAAUUUUCUGAGGGGCGUUGCCGCAAAGUGCUGCCGUUAGCCAGUAGUACUUACCUAGAAAAUCUACCAUCUCAUUAUACAAAAAAUAUUCACCUCAGUCAGCUUUCUCAAGCUCUUCAUGUCUUUGCUCUACAUGCCAGAGGACCAGCAUAUGAACUCUAUGCUGCACAGCUACAGGAAGAAUGCAACAAGAUUUGGACGAAUGGUAGACAACUCUGUGAGGAGCGAAGCUUGACGGGCAGGCACUGUGUCUAUCCUUACCACAAGGUUCCUGAGGAUAUUGGUGAACGCCUAUCAGAGAAAUCCAAGGAAGACGGCACCAUCCCUUGCAAGCCUCAUUCGAGUCGCAUCACAAGCUUGUGCRCUUGUAAUUGCGGUAGAACACAGGAACACAGAGACGAUCCAUUUGACAUACGGACGGCGAACUACGAUUUCUUUAAAGUUUUGGAGGACAAGUGCUGCGCAUAUCUUCUACAUCUUAUCUUUCCUUGUCAUCCCAGUUUUUCACUGUCGAAAGUUCCAGAAUUAUCUUUAAAAGAUGCUGAAAGUCACGUAGACGAACCCCUCCUGGAAAUGGCCACUGAGGAUAAAAGUCCUCCAGUCCAUGAAGAGAAUUCCGGGGGGGACAUAACAGAGGAGGUACUAGCCGUAUCAUCGCAGCACGUGAGUGGUAUUAUUCCCAUUCCAAAAUCUGCUUUGAUGUCAAGAGACUCCAAGGAAUCGUCCGGAAGUCACGUACAUACCGGAAGUCAUGGUCAAAGUUCCAGCUCCCUUUUCAGCUUAGGUGGAUUUCAUUCUAUCCUCGAUACCAUGUCACACGAAGGGACUGGGAAUGAGUACAAAAGUGUGACGUCAGUAGGUAUGGGUGGGGAAAUCAGUACUGCUGGCUCAGAAGAACCAUUGAGUACUGUGGAACCUCACACUAAUGUUGGUGACGUAAUUGCCUCGGUAAAAAAGCUUGGUAACGAGCAGGCAUUUUUACAUACCAUGUUGACUGACCAAUCAUCAGAAGGAGUUUUGCCGCUAUUUCCUUCGUGGUCGCUAUGCAGACUGGGUAGCCUGUCCUCUUAUCAGCCUGCCAAGGGACUGGAACAGCCAGGAUUUUUUCCCGGAAGUAACUUUCUAUUGGUUUGGGAUAUUCCGCUGUCCAAUGAGAGCCACACUGAUCAGACGAGUCAGUUUGACAGUCAGGGAAAGCUCUUUAGCACUAAAACAACAUCAAGCGAAGCUUGGCCUGCACCCAAUGAACUUCCUUCUUUAGCCGGAAGUACACCAUCACUUCCUCUACACCAGGCUCUCUCUUACAGUCAGAGACAGUGUGCGGAUAUGAAAGCAAACACAACUCAAAUGGUGGUUUCUCAAAAUGUCGCUAAAGGAGCAACCAGUGGCGGAUCUACGAGAUCUCGAGGAAGAAACGCGCGGGAUACGGGACCACCAACAGUACGGGCAUAUAUCGGGAAUGAGUACGAAUGUCCUAGGGGACAUAGGUUUAUUUGUUCUGGCCCGGAUAAAAUGGUCAAAGCUACCACUUCCGGUCACGUGAAGGAGUCAGCUCACAAGUUGGUUACCAUGGAUAUGCCAUUAUAUUUCCCAUGCCCCUGUCGGUCAUCCAAACCUCUUCUCGCUCAGCUUGCCCGCAUCUACGUAGCAACGCCAGAUUCACCGGUCCUUGUGUCCCUAAACCCGCGGGUCCAACCCUCUGCCCCACCGUGUCCGAUUUUUCAUCCGGGGAUCGGCACAGGGAUAUCUCUGCCCCCGGCAAGUUUGUGUGUUCUGCGUUUCCCGUAUGUUUAUGUGGGACCGGAGGGGCCGAUACUGCCUCCCGGGGAUUCGCAACCGCUGCUGUCAUGCCGGUUGUUGAAGAACGUCUACUUGGUUACCGGACGUGGUUAGACCUCGGAUUCAUCCACMGGGAGCCCAAAUGGAAGAUGUCUGUAUCUUUCAGAGAAAGACGAUCCACAGCGCAUCGAACCCUAUCUUGUUUGUCGUGCAUUGGUGAAGAGGAGUAAUGGAUGAAGGAGUAGAGGUUUAUACCGUCGAGAUUCCUAACUGAUGCUCGAGACCAUCCCUCUCGUUACAUCGCUUCCUUGAUUUACUCUGGCUGCGCGUUUUGAUGACUCUCAAAUCAUCGAGAACAACGUGUUUUCUGAAACAUUUAGUAGCUUAGUCUUCAUCUGGUACUUACCACUGUUACAGGACCAUUAACGGCUACUCCACCAGCUCGCGUCCGUAAAAUCUUAGUCUUAUUUCAGCCACGAACAGAUAGAAAAUGCAGAAGAAAGAUUCAAAACUAUUCAACUAAACUCUACGUUCUAAAAGUAUUUGAAUAAGCAAACUUAUCUUUUACACAUAUGUUAGUAAAAUAUGUUGUAACUUUAAAAACAGGAAAAUAAAGCUUUCUUUUUGAAGUUAAAUUUGACAUAAUUCCAGUUCAAAUGUAGCAAAUAAAAAACGAAUAUGGAA